GCAUUGUCUGUCUUACAUAGCAUGGUUUCUGCACAUUCGGACUUAGAUGAUGCUGGUGAGAUAGUUACUCCAACUCCAAGGGUAAAACGGAUUUUGUCAAGUCCACGUUGCCUUCCUCAUAUUGCACAGUUGCAUCUGUUUCUUUUUCCUUGAAAGGCUAUGCUUUCUGGUGAGCCAAGUAUUGUAGAGGCUGCUGCUGCUUUGCUGAAGGCUGUUGUUACCAGAAAUCCCAAGGCCAUGAUCCGUCUAUACAGCACAGGUGCAUUUUAUUUUGCCCUGGCAUACCCUGGAUCCAACCUCCUUUCGAUUGCUCAACUCUUCUCGGUAACUCAUGUACAUCAAGCUUUUCAUGGUGGUGAAGAAGCUGCAGUUUCCUCUUCAUUACCCCUUGCUAAACGUAGCGUCUUGGGUGGACUUCUCCCUGAAUCUUUGCUGUAUGUAUUGGAGCGUAGUGGACCACUUGCAUUUGCUGCAGCAAUGGUUUCUGACUCUGAUACUCCAGAGAUCAUUUGGACUCACAAAAUGCGAGCAGAAAAUCUGAUCCGUCAGGUUUUGCAGCAUCUUGGUGAUUUCCCCCAGAAAUUGUCACAACACUGCCAUUCUUUAUACGAGUAUGCUCCUAUGCCACCAGUGACUUAUCCGGAGCUCAGAGAUGAAAUGUGGUGUCACCGUUAUUAUCUUCGAAAUUUAUGUGAUGAGAUCCGUUUUCCAAACUGGCCAAUUGUUGAGCAUGUAGAGUUUCUACAGUCCCUGCUAGUAAUGUGGCGAGAAGAGUUGACGCGAAAACCAAUGGAUCUUUCUGAGGAAGAAGCUUGCAAAAUAUUAGAGAUUACCUUGGAAGAAGUAUCUAGUGAUGAUGCUGAUCAGAAGUAUUCUCAUGAGGUGACUGGAGAGAUUUCUAGCAUAUCCAAACAAAUUGAGAACAUUGAUGAAGAAAAGCUUAAGCGACAAUAUAGGAAACUUGCAAUGAAAUACCAUCCUGAUAAAAAUCCUGAAGGGAGGGAGAAAUUUCUUGCUGUACAAAAGGCUUAUGAGCGACUUCAGGCUACAAUGCAAGGUCUGCAGGGUCCUCAGCCUUGGAGGCUGUUGCUUUUGUUGAAAGGACAAUGCAUCUUGUACAGACGAUAUGGAGAUGUGUUGGAACCAUUUAAAUAUGCUGGUUAUCCCAUGUUACUCAAUGCAAUUACUGUUGACAAGGAAGAUAAUAAUUUUCUUUCCUCAGAUAGAGCACCUCUUCUUGUUGCAGCAUCCGAGCUUGUUUGGCUUACGUGUGCAUCUUCCUCAUUGAAUGGUGAAGAACUUGUAAGAGAUGGUGGGAUACAACUUCUUGCAACACUUCUUUCUCGUUGCAUGUGUGUUGUUCAACCAACUACUCCUGCAAACGAACCAUCUUCUAUCAUCGUUACAAAUGUGAUGCGAACCUUUUCUGUCCUGAGUCAGUUUGAGACUGCCAGGAUUGAGAUGCUUGAGUUUCCUGGACUUGUUGAGGACAUAGUGCACUGCACUGAACUUGAGCUUGUACCUGCUGCUGUUGAUGCUGCCCUCCAGACUAUUGCUCAUGUUUCUGUUUCCUCUGAUUUGCAAGAUGCCUUGAUAAAGGCUGGAGUGCUAUGGUAAAUCAGCUUACCUUUCAGUCUAUUUGAUCCAUGUUGUGCUAUGAGUUACAUGCGUGUUUGCACCAUUGUUAGUUAAUUUAUCUGUGGCCACAUUAGUCUGGUUAGUACUUGUUCUGUUCUUACAUAGUUGCACUAUUCACAAUAUUUUCUUUGCAUCUGCUGUCAAACCACAUUUAGGUAGCGUUUGGUACGAGGGAAGUGAAAGCACAUUACCUGCAAUGUGUUCAAUUAAAUUACAUUGCAGUGUUUGUUUUGCAACAGACCACUGAAAUGCAAUAUUGCAAUACAAUUACAUUACAGUCGAGGGAUGUAAUGUAAUUGCAGUCCAAAACCAAUGCAAUCACAUUACAUUGCACUCUGCAAUGUU